AUGUUGGACACUUUUGAGAUAGUGACCACUUCGGGUGUCGUCUUGUGGUCGCGCACCUACGUCCCGGUCGGCGCAAACGUCAUCAACAGUUUAAUACGAGAUGUCUUCAUCGAGGAGCGCAUACAACCCCAGUCCGAGGAUGCCGGCUCCAAGCCUACGUACAAGAAGGAGGGAUACACGCUGAAGUGGACGGCGGCAAAGGACCUCGGUCUCAUCUUUGUGGCGGUAUACCAAAGCCUGGUUCACCUCACUUGGGUAGAUAAACUGCUUGACAAUGUGCGCGCGCUCUUCGUCGGCCUCUACGGCGAGCAGCUCCAGACGGAACACAGCAGUGUGGUCAACUGCGACAAAUUCGGCACCUACUUUGACCGCCAGAUGCACGACCUCGAAGGCGCGAGCGACUCUGGCGCACCAAGCAUCAAGCUCACCACUCCCGAAUCGAGCACCGACAACGACAGCGCCGACGAAGUUGCACCCAAACCAGCCGCGCUACAGAAACCACAGCAGUCCCUGUACGAUACGAGUGCCGAUUCCACACCAGUGCCUACGCCAGAUACUUCGCGGCCUAGCACACCUGGCCAAAGUCAGCUCCUGACAGGAAAGGCGAGGCCGUUUGGGGGCAAGAUGUCACGCAGAGACAAGAAGAAGGCUUCGGCUUUCAGCUCGGCGCCAGUAUCGUCGGGCGACGAAGCAUCAGCAAAGAAGAAGGGCAAGGGCUCAGCGAAAAAGGGCAGAGUGUGGGGUGAAUUUGGCGCAGAAGAGCAGGACGACUCUGUGCUCGACUAUUCACAGUCAGAUAUUCAAGGCGAUGCCUCUGGAAACGAAGCGCUCGAGGAGAUCAGGCCAGAGACCUGGGGCCACAAGACGAAGAGGGGCGAGUUUGUGCUCAAGGAUCUCGACGAAGAAAUGGACGAGAUCAUCGCAGUGCAGAAUGCAAAGAAGGAGAAGGAGGCGCCCGCAGCAUCUGGUGGACUUGUAGGAUCCAGUUUGGGUGCAAUUGGUGGACUCUUCAGGAACGUAGUGGGCGGCAAGACACUCACCAAGGAGGCACUGGCAAAGCCCCUGAAAGAAAUGGAACAACAUCUUCUUCGCAAGAACGUAGCUCUCGAAGCAGCAGUACGAUUAUGCGAAAGCGUCGAGCGGGAUCUCCUCGGCAUGAAGACUCCAAGCUUCACCACAAUUGAGACAACCCUCAAAGCCUCCAUGGAGAAAGCCCUCACCAAGAUGCUUACCCCAACAUCCUCCCUCGACCUCCUUCGCGAGAUCCAACACACUAACGCCACCACAUCCCGCCCCUACGUACUUUCCAUUGUCGGAGUAAACGGCGUUGGAAAGUCAACAAACCUGUCCAAGAUCGCUUUCUUCCUGCUCCAGAACCACCACCGCGUCCUGAUCGCCGCAGCAGACACCUUCCGUUCUGGAGCUGUCGAACAGCUACGUGUCCACGUAGACCGAUUAAAAGAGCUCUCACAGAGAGAAGGCGGACAAGUCGACCUCUUCGAGAAGGGCUACGGCAAAGACGCCGCAAACAUUGCUGCCGACGCCGUCACCUUUGCUUCAAAGAAUAGCUUCAACGUCGUCCUCAUCGACACUGCCGGCCGCCGCCACAACGACCAACGCCUCAUGUCUUCACUGGAGAAGUUCGGCAAACUGGCCAAUCCAGACAAAAUCCUCAUGGUGGGUGAAGCCCUCGUCGGCACGGAUUCUGUAGCCCAAGCAAGAAACUUUAACGCUUCUUUCGGCGCGGGCAGGAACCUCGACGGCUUUGUCAUAUCAAAAUGCGAUACUGUGGGAGACAUGGUGGGGACGUUGGUGUCAAUGGUGCAUGCGACGGGUAUUCCGGUGGUGUUUCUGGCGAGGAUGUCGUCCGACGCUUCCCUAUGUCGGAUUUGCCGCCGCAUCUUUCUACCCGAGAUAUUCAAUGUCGAAGAGGAGUACUCUACUGCUGUGGCUGACUACCUUCGGUCAGACACAUUACCAGAUCUGCCAGUUUUACAUGAAGAAGCCAACAAAGGCUGCCCUUUUUGCACUGAGUUGAAAAAGCGUAUCUCAGUACUUGAUUGGCCAAAAGAUGUUCGCGAUGUCACGAUUGGGCCUGCGACGUGGCUUCACGAAUCGUUCUGGGAGUCAGAGCUCAGCCCGGAGCAGGAGGGCAUCGUAUUGCUGGAGGUGCAAGUAUCCUGUCCAGUGACGCCACCACACACUCUCCACUUCGAGGUCUUUUCUCAUGCAGGCUCGUUCGCGAGCACCUAUAUGAGAGUUAGACGACUACCUCCUUCGACAGACCGUUACUCUUCCGCGUGUAUCGAGCGACUCGAGCAGAUGAUUUCCAAGUGCGCUGGGGUUCAUUGGCAAUGUGAGUCUGGAAAUGAGGACUUUUGGCCGACGCGGGUCAUCGACGUUGGUGCAGUAGAUGACACGGCUGAUCCGAGACUGGUGGUCACCUCCGGGCCUGCUUCUCGAUAUGUUGCGCUUUCUCAUUGCUGGGGCAAGCCUGGGCCUGGUGUUCGGAUGCUGAAAACGCUGUCGACUAAUAUACAGUCGCAUAUGCUCGGUAUCCCAUUGGAGAGCAUGCCACUGAACUUUCAGCACGCCAUAUUUGUCACCCGCGCGCUGGGAUUGAGGUAUAUCUGGAUAGACAGUUUGUGCAUUUUGCAAGACUCUACUUCAGAUUGGGCCAAGGAAGGGGCGCAGAUGGAUAGGGUGUACAAAUCCGCUUUCGUGACCAUCGCAGCAACUUCAGCCUCUACAAGCGAGGAUGGCUUCCUCGAUUACAUGCUUGCGGAUCGAAUUUUUACGAUACCGCUACCGCGCCAUCUGGAUGGAAAAUUGGCCGAUGGGUUCCCAGGCACCGGAGCGACCGAAUCCAUUGUUGCGCGGUACACGGAAACGCGCGACACCCAACACAUGGAGACUGAUGUCGACGGAUCGACUUGGAAUGAACGCGCAUGGACCUUGCAAGAAAGACAUCUAGCGAGGAGAGUCAUUCAUUUCAGUACAAACCAAAUAUUUUGGGAGUGCCGAAGAGGUUUUGCAUCUGAGUGUGGCUAUAGAAUCAUGCGACUACCGGUUUCGCUCACUCGAACAUAUGGCGCAGAUGACUCCUCUGAGGAGAUCUCUGACGAGGACGCCGACGACGCAGCUUCCCCCCUUGCAAGAUCUGGAUCGGAGACCAGUGAGCGUUUGUCAACCUCUGAGGGCAGCGAUUCGGAAUCGGAGUCAUGGGAUCACACUCUAGCAACAAGGUCAGCCGUGUAUUUCUGGUGGUUCCAAAUUCUAGCCGAUUACAGUCGGCGAAAGCUCACUUUCGCCUCGGACAAGUUGCCGGCAAUCUCAGGUCUUGUAAAAGAACUCAAUCAUACCCUAUUGACACAAGUCACCUAUGAAGAGGAUCAAUAUAUUGCAGGCUUGUGGCUGGGUGCCCUGGCCGAUUCACUUUUAUGGGCACCCGAGGGUCCUGAAGCCAUGACAGACCCCACGGACCCUGGUACUUAUAGAGCCCCGAGCUGGUCGUGGGCUCGUUGGGACGGCGCAACCAUUCCUUAUUCUCGCGGUGGACGCUGGCCUGAUAUCCGUCCGGAGGAUAGCACGAUUGAGUACAUUGGCCACGACGUCGAGUUGGACACUUUGAAUGAGUACGGUAGUAUCAGGCACGCUUCUCUGACACUCCGAGCUGGCAUUGCGCAGAUCGUACGCCAGAAGCGGUACACCGAAAACGAUACGGCGGGCAGGACGAUGGGCACCUAUCACAUUGCUCGGGAAGAUGCAGGAUGGACCAUAGGCUUCAUGACUUAUGAUCGAAUCGAGCUCAUAGGUUCUGAAGAGGCAGGCGAAGACCUUUAUGUUAUGCAAGUCAAGGUACAUGAGAGUACAUCCUCAAGUCCGAGUACUCGCUGCGGUCUUGUGUUGCGACUAGGCACUACUGCUGGCACGUUCGAACGCGUUGGCACUUUUCAGCUGGAUGACGAGCAUUCGGAGGCGUUCUCAACAAUCGAAAGAGAAGUUAUCACUCUGGUGUAG